AUGGAUCCUACCACUGAGCUGGUAACGGACAUCAUAGUCAGUGAGGCAGCCACAGGCAUGGCGGUGGAGGAGGAGUACGUGGAGGAAAUCACCACGCUACCGAUGGAUGAUGAGACGGUUGCCAUGACGACAGAAGGUUCAUUCACAACAUUCACACCAGACGAGGAAGAGAAAGGGCCGAGAAUUUGGAAAUCCGUUACGGUAAAAUUUACAUUGCCUGAUAAAUCGCCUACUGAUAUCGGAGGGCCUCUUAGACUAGAGAUUAAAAAUGCGAUAAAUCCAAUUCUGAAGGAGAAAUUUAAGGACUACAAUGCAUCGUCCAUUGCAUUUAGUUCGGGUAGUCUCAUAGCGAAUGUGAAACUGGACUUUAGUUUGCGGAUUACGGUAGAAGAAAGACGAGAAGUGAUCAAGGUGUUCUACGAGAUGGUUGAGCGGAAUAAUACCCUUGGAAGCCUUCGUGUUGAAAAGCUUUAUGUUUUGAAUGUAAAAGGAUCGUACGAUAGGAUUGAUGAUGCCUGUCAUAUCACCCGUUGUCCAUCCGGAAUGACAUGCUUCACUGACGGGAAUGAUUGUACAUCUGUAUGUAGCACUAAUCAGCACUACUGUCACCAUGGAACAUGUGAGAAGGAUGCUAAACGGUCUUCAUUCAUCACGUGCCAGUAAGAGAAUCGAAUUAUGGGCAUCGUUUCACAA